AUGUCCAUCGUUGUUACCGCCAAGAUUCCUCAAAACGCAGUUUUCUUCGCUGGUGAACGAUUUCGGUGUGAAAUUACUUUCACAUACCUUCUUCCCAGUGUCGAAAGAUUAUCCAACGAUGUAAAAGCUCACGCGAAAUCCAACAGUGAUUCUAAGCUGCAAGGGAAAAAAAUGUCAACCAGGCAACUGUUAAACAAUAACCCGUUGUCCGUUAUAGUUGAAAAUCCCUCUAUACAGAGUAGCCUCGCUGGAGAUCUAGCACUGGGCGGAGAAUCGUCCGCCCCAUCGAAUUCUGACGAAACCUUUCCUCAAACAGUUCCUACUGGGAGUUCGUCGAGUGAUCAAAAUCUAAGAGGUGGUGAGCCGUUUUCCUACACGGAAAUCGAAGAGAUGGAUGGAGACGGUGGUCUGAUAAACUUGCAACACGCGGAUGCUAGCGACACGGUUUCUGUCAGUGAUUAUGACACGUCCGAGUCAACACCACGGAGUUCCGUGGACUUUUAUGGACUCGGUUACCCCGAAAGAAGCAGCAACACGUGGGGCGGAUCGCUUUCAGAGUACAAAAGACAUAGCACCAGCAGACAUUCAUCUUCCCCCUCUCUCAUUCAGAAGUACGAGACGCUGCUGUGGGGAUUUGCACAGAUAGUGGGACAAUUCACUGUCGAUGGUUUAUUGGUGAAGUCGAUUGAGUUUGAACCAUUAAAGACGAAAACAAUGUAUCGACCAGUUGGUGGAGGUGUGACAGGAGGUGCGGUUGGUGGUGGAACGUUGGGCAUCUCGAAUUCGAUGCACCCUUCGAGUUUACAAGAUCUACAAGAGCGUGCAGAGGAUGGGUCACGCCCGGUCUAUGAUUUGAUGAACCCAGUCGUGAUUUAUAAAGAUGAAGCUACAACGUCAUGCAAAGAAGAUGAAAUGAAACCACAGCCAGUCCAUAAAAGGGAUAACAAACGUGAGGAGUUUUUGGAUUAUGUUGAGAAACUUGUUAAAAACACCAGUAAUGAGGAAAUAGUUAAGAACAAGAGGACUCUUGAAAAAAGAGAUAGCGAUUCAUAUGUGUUUGUAGAGAAAGAUGAAAACUCUGUGGCAAACACUGCCACAACAUUAUCGAAACAUAUGAGAAAAGCGAAUUACGACAUCUGUAAGAAUAAUCAGCGCGUCGCCCAAUUAUGUCUGUUAAAGACAUCUUAUCGACUGGGUGACAUUGUGGUUGGCACAUUGAACUUUACUGGAGCUGUUAUACCCACCUAUCAGGUUUCCAUAACAUUGGAGAAUGGCGAGAUUGUUGAGCCUUCUAUUGCGAAUCGACCACAAUCGCAAAUAGCACGCAUGACGCGUAAAGUGCAUGGCGAACAUCACGAAUUUUGUUUGAAUGCUCAGCGUAUCAGCUUCUCCAUUUCCAUACCAACCAAUUGUACUCCGGAUUUCUCCACAACCGGAGUGAAACUUCAGUGGUGCCUGCGGUUGGAAUUCAUCACUGGGCCAAAGGAUCAGCUCCCAUUGGUUUCGCUUAAUGUGGACGAACGGCACCAUUAUUAUCAAGCGAUCGAGGAAGUUAAUGUUGAAACCUUUGACUGUUCCAUUCCUAUUAAAAAUUUCAAUGUUCACAUCCCGCAAGCCUCAUCCUCCUCAACGAAACCGGAGAGAACACAAACAUCAGUUAAAGUCGCAUCAUCCGUACCAGCUGGAACUAUCCUGAAGGGGAUAAACAUUUUCAAGGAUGGAUCCGAUCCGAUAUCAAAACUCGAUGAAGAGUAUCCCGAAUGGUUGUGGGAUUUGUUGGACGAAGAGAAACAAAAUGCUUCGAGGGAAAAUCCAAAUUACAGGGAUUAUCAUAGAUACCAGAGAAAGCAAUUGAUUAAAAAUAACAAUUUCGAUAGGA